UGCAAUGCAAAUCCACAGAAUCAAGUUUAGUGUAAUCUCUCUGGCUCGGCCAGCCAGCCAGCCAGCCAUGUUGGCGACGGUCUAGACGAGAUAUCAGUCCGCCUCCAGUGAUCUGAGAAGUCAUGCUUCGUGCCGCAUUAUCGUCGCCUGACAGUACCAUGACUUCAUGCAGCGAGCCGAUAGCCGGGUAUCGGUGGUAUCGUAUAUGAAGACCUUUAACAUGACCGUUCCCCCAUUUCGACUACCCACUCAGAGUCUCAGACCAUGUUUCUCGUGUCGCGGAAGGCACUACGAUCCAGGGGCUCUUCCUUCGGGCUCGUGCGCAAUCUCGCGACAUUGACGACGCACCCCGCAGACAACACCCCGAGCCAUGCCCCUCAAACAGCGCUUGGGGCCCCUCGACGACCGAAGAAGGAAGGGGACAUCACCUUGAUCUUUGGCGGGUUGGAGGGAGAGCAGGUCGUCCUCCCGGAGCGGUUCGCGGAAAUGAAGCGCCAGCUUGUCAGGAACCCACAGCUGAUAGAGGCGCGGUGGCGGAGCGUGCUGAAGGAGCUUGAGAAGGAGGUACGGGUGAUCUCUCAGAAGGGCAGUGAGGUCGUGCCGCAGAUCCCGUACUCCGACGUCGCGAACGGUCUGUCGGUGGAGCAGAUUCGAGAGAUCAAGGAACGUGGUGUUGUUAUUGUCAGAGGCGGCGUGCCUCGAGAGGAAGCCCUCGGAUGGAAGCAGUCCAUCCGUGAAUACAUUGCGGCCAACAGAGACCGCGUCAAAGGUGCACCGGCCGACAACAUCGUCUUCUACGAGCUCUACCAGAGCCCCGCCCAGCUGCGCGCCCGCACCCACCCCGCGCUCCUCUCCACGCAAGCCGCACUCCUCUCGCUCUGGCACAACUCCGCGCCGUCCGCCUCCCCCUCGUCCGCCGUGAGCCUACGCACGCCCAUAGCGUACUUCGACCGCCUGCGCAUCCGCCCGCCAGGGCCGAGCGUCUUCGCGCUCGGCCCGCACGUCGACAGCGGCGGCGUCGAACGUUGGGAGGACCCCGACUUCCGCGCGUGUUUCGCGAAGAUAUUGGAGCACGAGGAUGCCCAUGGCCGGGUGGACGUGGAGGCGUGGAGGGAACAUGAUGCAUAUGAUGUUGCGCCGAGGCUCAGUGCGAAGCAGGACUUGUACGACGCACCGAACCAGUGCACGGUGUUCCGCCCCUGGCAAGGCUGGACGGCGCUCUCGAGCACGGGCCCGCACGAGGGCACACUGCAGGUGCUCCCCAUGCUCAAGCCCGCGACGGCGUACAUCAUGCUCCGCCCGUUCUUCGCGCUCCGCCCCGACGCCCCCGCGGACUCGCUCGCGCCGGACGACUGGGUGCUCGACCUCGAGAGCACAGCGUUCCCCGGGAGCGUGCCCAGGAAGGCGCAGGAGCUCAACGCGGAGAGCCACCCGCACCUGUGCCUCGAAAAGACGUUGGUAAGCAUCCCGAGGGUCGAGCCGGGCGACCAGGUGUAUUGGCAUUGCGAUACUGUGCAUGCGGUUGAGCGCGAGCAUGUUGGAGUGAAUGAUUCCUCUGUGCUGUAUAUCCCUGCCAUACCACUGACGGAGCAGAACGCCUGGUACCUCCGCGACCAACGGGCCACGUUUGCACAGGGCCUACCUCCACUAGACUUCCCCGGCGGCGAGGGCGAAUCGCAAUUUGUCGGCCGGGUCGGGAUAGAGAAUAUCACUGACGUGACAGCGCGGCGCAUGUUCGGCCUUGCGCCGUUCGAGAAACCCGCGGAUGCCUCCCCGGGGGAGAGCAACCUCAUCGAGACGGCCAAUCGCAUCCUGGCCGAGUCUUGAUGACGUCGCUUUGCGUAUGGUUUGCAUUCAUAUGCAUUCAGAUUGUAAGGAUCGCUUUCACUGCGUGUAUGUACUCUAGCUUGUAAUCGUAUUUUCAGUCAGUCUAGCUUCGCCCAU